AUGUCUACUGCCGCCAAACUGACCUUGGCUGGGACUACUGCAGGCGCCAUUGGGAUUGUCAUCUUCGUCCACCUCCAACAAAAGCUCGAUAAAGCUGCCAUGCACCAAGGCGUCAUUCGCGACAUGGAACAACAAAAGGUCAAGAGGGAGAGACAGGCUGACUUUGAGAUGCAAAGGCAGCUGGAAGAGCAGUAUAGGAAGGUGCAGAAUGUUAGUGACAGUACCGACGGAUAA